UGUUCUGUUUGUUGUAGAUGUCAUGGGUACCAGAAACAAUCAAUUUUCUUCACUGCCAUGCCAACAAGAUCCAGUUCUACUGCCUUCACCUGUUGAGAAGUAUGCAACAUACUCUAUGUCUAAUUUUUCAUCCUUAAGUAGUCAACAACAACAGCCAUCUAAGUUCUAUGGUAAUGCUACCAAAAGAAGGGGUUCACCUACAAAGAAGCAGCCUUCAAGUCAAUCAUCUGCCCAAGCUCAAGAAACAUUGCAAGCGUUUUUGGAUCAGGAGAAUAACGUUGAAUGUUCGUAUACAUUUGAAGAUGGCCCUUCAAUCUCAACUACAUUGGAACAGGAUACAGGAUUCUUGUCUUCUACAUUCAAGAAAACUAGCAACAACCAUUCAAGACAUGGAGGUAACUAA